GCCAGACAGGAAGUGGCGGUGUGGUUGCCGCACGCGGUCUUGACGCCGGCGCGAGCAGGGCUCAGUCCGGUCUGGGUCGCGUCGAGUCCGCUGCGUCUCACGGUUCUUCGCUGCGACGGAGACAUAAAAUGUGGAGCGGUGGCGGAACCGGAGCCCGCGUCCCGGAUCAGUCCAGAGCCAGAGCCAGACCCGGAGCCAGGCUACCCGAACCCUCCGGCCCCGCGCGGCUCGCCUCGCAGACGGCAUGACCGCAGCAGCCGCGCUGGUGCAGGAGAGAGCGACAGAGAGAGGCAGCUAGCCGGGCAGCUAACAGCGCGAUGGCCGCGGAGGGAAGCGGCACGAUCCGCAGCCGCAUCAAGAACCUGCUGCGCUCCCCGUCCAUCAAACUGAGGAGGAGGAGCGGCGCCGCGCGGCACAAAGAGGACCUCGGCGACAAGGUGACCUUGGAGAAGGUUCUAGGUAUCACGGCUCCAGGGAACCGAGCACUGGCCUGUGACCCCCGAACCGGACUGCUGGCUUAUCCUGCAGGGUGUGUUGUCGUCCUGCUGAAUCCUCGGAAGAACAAACAGCAUCACAUCUUCAACAGCUCCAGGAAGGCCAUCACCACCUUAGCGUUUUCUCCAGAUGGGAAAUAUGUCGUUACAGGAGAGAGUGGUCACAUGCCGGCGGUCCGGGUGUGGGAGGUGUCAGAGCGUCUUCAGGUCUCUGAGCUGCAGGAACAUAAAUAUGGCGUCUCCUGUGUGGCGUUUUCUCCAAACGGAAAAUACAUCGUCAGCGUGGGAUACCAACACGACAUGAUGGUCAACGUGUGGAACUGGAAGAAAAACGUGGUCGUUGCAGCCAAUAAAGUCUCCAGCAAAGUGACGGCCGUCUCCUUCUCAGACGACAGCUCGUACUUCGUUACUGCCGGCAACCGCCACGUCAAGUUCUGGUACCUGGACCACGCCAAGACCUCCAAGGUGAACGCCACUGUCCCUCUGCUGGGGCGUUCAGGGCUGCUGGGAGAGCUCAGGAAUAACUUCUUCAGCGAUGUGGCGUGCGGGCGGGGCCGCCAGGCCUCCUCCACCUUCUGCAUCACCUCCUCGGGUCUGCUGUGCGAGUUCAACGACCGACGACUCCUCGACAAGUGGGUGGAGCUCCGGACGUCUCAGGCCACCUGUCUGUCCGUCACAGACGAGUUGAUCUUCUGUGGUUGUUCCGACGGGACGGUUAGAGCUUUCAGCCCUGUCAACCUGCACUUCCUCUGCACUCUGCCCCGCCCGCACUCCCUGGGAGCUGACAUCACCAGUAUGGUGGACGCCAGUCAGCUGUUCUCCUGCAGGUCAGAGGCGCGUUACCCGGACACGGUGGCGGUGACCUAUGACCCCACCAAUCGCUGGCUGUCCUGCGUCUACAACGACCACAGUGUUUAUGUCUGGGACGUCCGAGACCUCCGAGACCCCCGCAGGGCGGGAAAACUCUACUCCGCCCUCUACCACUCCUCCUGUGUGUGGAGUCUGGAGGUGUACCCGGAGGGGGGAGGAGGAGGAGGAGGAGGUGAGGUGCGUCUCCCCACCGGCUCCUUCCUGUCCUGCUCCUCAGACAACACCAUCCGACUGUGGAACAUCGACGGACACAACGUCCUCAAAAGGAACAUCCUGAGCCACGACCUGCAAAAAGUCAUUUACGUGGACGAUAAUGUAACGAGCCUCAUGGACGCGGAGAGCAUCACCAUCGCCGGCGGCAACACAGAGAAGGCAGCGUCCUCGGGCUCAGAGGGUCAGCAGACAGACCAGAGCCGGGUGGGCAUUAGGACCCUGAGGGUCAGUCCUGAUGGACAGCACCUGGCCUCAGGAGACCGCAUGGGCGUCCUCAGGAUCCAUGACCUGGACAGUAUGGAGGAGAUCCUGAACGUUCAGGCCCACGACUCAGAGAUCCUCUGCCUCGAGUUCUCCAAACCAGAUACUGGUCUCCAGUUACUAGCCACGGCCAGUCGGGACCGUCUGAUCCACAUCCUGGAUGCGGGCAGAGAGUACAGUCUGGUUCAGACUCUGGACGAACACUCGUCCUCCAUCACCGCUGUCAGAUUCGCCGCCAAUGAGGGUAAGGUGAGGAUGAUCAGCUGCGGAGCCGAUAAGAGCGUCUACUUCCGCACCGCCCAGCAGGUGGAGGGGGGGUUGGAGUUCACUCGGACUCAUCACGUCGUCAGGAAAACGACUCUGUACGACAUGGACGUCGAGCCAACCAGGAAGUACGCAGCAGUGGGCUGUCAGGACCGCAGCAUCAGGAUCUUUAACAUCAGUAAUGGCAAACAGAAGAAGUUGUAUAAAGGCUCUCAGGGAGAGGACGGCACCCUCAUCAAGGUGCAGAUCGACCCGUCGGGCCUCUACAUCGCCACCUCCUGUUCAGAUAAGAACAUCGGCGUAUUCGACUUCUACUCCGGAGAGUGUGUGGCCACCAUGUUCGGACACUCGGAGAUAGUAACAGGUUUGAAGUUCAGCAGUGACUGCAGACACCUGAUCACCGUCUCUGGAGACAGGUACGUCCCACCUCGCUCAGCUUCGGUCCACAUGUUUAAGAGAGUUCCGAGAAGUCAGCACCGAAAAAUGUCAGUCCGUUUGUGUUUACAUCAAAUGCUGUCGUUGACCCGAUUCAUCCUCAUGAGGAGGUUCCCAUUUGUUUUUCAGCGUGGAUCGACGGAGGCGUCGUCUCACCGUGUCGUCACCAUGUCGUCUGACAGCGACAAAGAGGAGGAAGAGGAGGAGGAAGAGGAGGUCGGCUGUCCUUAUAUGGUCACAGCAGGAAGCCAGGAGGAGGUGGAGAGAGAUGUGUGCGAGGACAAGUACAGCUCUCUGGACUCUCAGCACUGCAGAGACAGCAGGAAGGAGGUGUCGGGGGCUCGACUCCCCCGCCGUCGCUGGUCCAGGAGGACGGGCAGCGCUGAUGGUGUUCUGAUGGUGAAAUCCAUGUUGGACCUGAGACUGCUGGACUCUUACCACCCCGACAGACCUGAGGAGCAGCAGGUAGAGCAGCAGGAGACAAAGACCUGCCCCCUCGAUGGGAGCCCCUCCCCCUGCAAGCCGAGGAGGGGUCAGGGUGUGGAGGCGGGGCAUAACAGGACCAGUCAGGAGCUGGGGAGCACCAUCAGUCUGCAGGUCACCACUGCAUGGGUGGAGGACGACGGGGCGAGGACCAGUCAUAGGCCAGACUUCAUUCUGCUGUCCAAUCAGAGCCCAGACAGGGAGGAUCCAGUGCUGUAUCCCGACCAAUGGGAGGACAGAGUGAGCCUGGCAGGCAGUGAGUUCCAGGUGAAGGAGGUGUGUCCUGCUGCCGCAGGUGGACGGCAGGACAAACCCAGUCCAGACAGCGGCUGCUCACUGGGAUUCAACUCCAGACUUUCCAGUCCAGACAGACCUGCAGGAGACGACUCGGAGCCCACUGAGCCUCUCAGUGUGGAUGGAAACUCCUCUGAGCUGGAGAUGGAGGAGGAGGACGACGAAGACGCAGGAAGAGGAGGAGGAGGAGGUGGGGAGGUCGGGGGGUCUCAGCAGGUCCCUCAGACUCCAGACCAGGAAGCUUUCCUGAAGGAGCACUUUGUCACCCUGGCCAACCUCUCGGCCUCAGGGAGUCCGAGCAGAGCGUCUCACAGCUCCAGUGAGAGUCUCAGCAUCUCCUCCAGGUUCCUCUCCCAGAAUUCAGCUGGAAGUCGGGCUGUGUUUCCUCUCCUGUCCCGGACCAGCGGCGGAGACGGGGAAGGAGGAGCAGGGGAGGUGAAGGCCCGUCCUCUGGUCUCGGAAGUCCGACCUCUAAUGGAGCAGCACCAGAGCAGGAGGAUAUCAUGGAACCAGGACCAGACCUCCUCACUUCACGACCAGAUCCCAUCCCAGAACAGGACCAACAUGGACCAAACACAGACUCCUCAGGUCAAAGACCAGAUCCAACAGGGUACAAAUCAGCUCCAGAGCCGGGUUGAGGAGGAGGAGAUCUCCUUGGCUCUGCAGGCCCACCGGCCCUCCCCAAUAAAGAAGAAGAUUCAGACAGCGUUGGAGUCCAAGAGGAACCUGGGCCUGACGACCCGGGCUGCUGCCUCCCACCUGACCCCCUCCCCUGGACUCCGGAAGGCCCAGUCAGUCCAAAGCCUGCUGAGCGAUACAGGCGAUCCCUCUCUCACCCAGUCGACCUCUCGUCCAUCCAGAGAGGUCCCCCUUCAGCUGCUCCUCCCCCCUCAGCGUCCCACCACCCUACCCUCCUCCCCCAGACGUCCCCCGUCAUCCACAUCCCUACCUCCUCAGAAACCCAGCCCCGCCUCCCCCAGGUCCCCCCAGCAGGAAACAGCCGCUGCUGCCACCAUACUGAGGAAGUCUUCAUCCUCCUCCUCGACUCCGUCAGCGCCGCGCUCCUACAUGAGCCCCACCGCCAGCUCCAUGGCCAAGAUGUCGCGCUCCGUCUCCAUGGGUGACGGCCUCAACAUCCCCGAACCCGCCGAGGAUCCCGCCGUGACAUCGUCGUCGUCAGAGGUAACCACCUCCUCUCAGGUCAAAGAGACUCCGCCUCCUCUGGUUGCCGUGGUGCCCUCCAACGCAGCCCUGGCCACGCCCGCCCACGCUGCCGUUGUCCCCGUCGUCGCCACCUCCUCCUCCUCGUCUUCGGGUAACCAUGGUAACCAGACGGCCCCUCCCUCCCGCGGUCUACAAGCUCGGGUCCCCGGCAGCAGCAGACCGCUCCCUGACAAACCCUCAAUCGCCUCCUUCUCACCAUCAUCCAAGACCGCCGCCACCUCCUCGUCUUCUUCCUGCUCCUCAUCUUCCGCGUCUCGGCCUCCGCCGGUCUCCGUCUCCCCCCUGACUCCCCCGCGGCAGGAGGAGGAGGAGGAGCCUCAGACUCCUGCGGGCAGCGGCGCUGAGCAGAAGGACGACGCAGGUUUGGACUAUCAACCUCCUCCCCCUCCUCUUGAUCCCUUCAUCCUGUCAUCUCUCCAUCUGGGCUCGGGGCUCUGGCUCUGCCCCUCCUCCUCACCCUCCUCUUCACCACUGCACUCCUCCUCUAGCUCCGUAGCGACGGACCAGCGAAUCAGUGUGGAGACCUGCCGGGCUCUGACCAAUGAGCUGCAGAGCUGCUUUAAGAGAGCCACACACCUGUACAGGAAGGUGAGUGGCUUCUCCACCGAUGACGCCGCCCCCGACCAGCGUCAGAUGGCGGUCCUCCUAUCAGAGGCCUUCCGGGCCAUGAGGGCGGAGCUAGACUCCCUGCCACUCAGUGCGCCGGGCAUGCUGGGGGAGGAGGGGGGGCUGGGAGGAGUUGGGGAGGUGAAGACAGCGGCUCUGCUGGAGGAGUACUCUCUGCUCCUGCUGCAGGCCGUACACCGGAGGAUCAACACCACCACAUACUGAACUUCACCGAUCCUCUUCACCUCCUCCUGAGGAUCAAUUCAACAGCAACGUUCCUUCUUCAUCUCCUCCUCUUCCUCCUCUCAUUUCUUUUCUUAUCCUCCUUUUUUCCCAAAACCAACUUCUCCAUCAUUUUCCAUCUCAGGCUCCUCCUCCCUCUUUGCGCUGACUUACUCUCCAUCCUUUCCCCUCGUCCUCGUCCUCGUUCUCGUCCUGCUCUCCCUCCAUCAGUCAGCAGCACUUUAACCAGUUUCACCAGUUCAACCAGUCGGUUUCACAGUGAGGUGAAUCCUGCGCUGCAUUCAGGGAAAAUGGGAGAAAGAAAGACCCACUACAGACUGAGUCUGUGUGACUAACAUGUCCAUUAGGUCAUUGAUAACUGAAUGAACCUCUGGACGUGAUGGACGUUACCGAGGCGACGGCAGCGGUAAAAAAGAAAAGCUGUGAUCUUCACCGACUCUGUGGUUCUACUCCGACUGCUGGCGUCUCCCCUUUCUCCUCCGCUUCUUCCAAAACCAUUGCUCCUCUGCCUCCUCCUUUUUUCUCUGUGCAGCGCUUCGUCCUCUUCUUCGGCCAUUUUAUCUUUCUCACCCCUCCCCCACUGCUCCAAAACCACCAUCUUCUCUUCUUGUUUCACCAUCAUUUCUUCCUCCCCCUCCUCGUCUUCACAGAUGAGGGAUCUGAAGCCAUUUUGAUUUUGUCUGAAUUUUUAUUCCUUUUUAAUUGUAUGCUAGAAUCUUUCCGGUCUAAAAAGACGAGGCUGUAAUUUGACCGUUUUGUAAAAACCCGAGUCGACGUUUUUAACGAGUUGUUUUUUAAAGACUGAACCACGAGGAGGUUCUGACUCCUUGGGCUCCAUGUGCAUUCCUUAAGGUUCCCGCCGUUUGUUCGGAGGGCGUCAGAACGAGUGAGCGGCAGCUUCGGUGUCCCGUCAAUCUGAAGGAUCGGUCGAUCGUCGAUUAUUGAUUAUUGUUGUAGAAACGUUCACGUUAGGCUGCGGAGAAGAGACUUUAUAAAGCAGCAAACAGCAAUAUGAGACUUUCUGUCACUGUUUGGUUUGAACAAACUUUAUUGUUUCACUGUUGUUUGAUGUAAAUUUCCUUUCCUGAGUUCGGUUGAACCUGAGAGAGACGAGCAGCAGAGCGCCACCAUCAGGAGAUCACGUGUGAUUUUUACUGUUUAUUUUCUGAACCGACUGUUCCUCCUGAACCGUCGUCACACUACUGAACACCGACUCACACUGUCUUCACCUGAAACUGACAGGACCCACUUCACCGACUGAUGUUUCUAAUGUUAACGGAGGGUUUUUUAAUUGCUUUUAUUGGGUUGAAAUCUGGGCUCGGACGGUUUCUAACGGUUUGUUGUAACUCUGACUUUCAAAGUUCGGUUUGAAACGUUUUCAUGUUUUUGUCUAACUUUAAUAAAAG